CAUACAGCACGGUGGGCAAAGUGCAUGUGAGCUGUAGCAUGCAGUGUACGCAGCGUGUUCCUCUUCUUGUCUUCCUCUUCUUUCGCAUUCUUACUGUUCCUUUUAAUCAUCUCAUAUUGUUUCACCGCAAACAGCUGAGCACUAGGUGGAUGUUCCUGUGAGUCCACAGACCUCCAUAACAGUUCAUAGUCCAGCGACCCACGGAUGUGACUGAGCAGUGCAGUCAUGGCAGAUGCAUCUGGAUUUGACCUGGACUACAUCACAGAGCAGAUCAUUGCUGUCUCCUUCCACCAGGCAUGCCCAGAGCAAACUUACCUGCACAACCUACAGAAUAUCAUGCAGAUGUUGCAGUCCAAACAUGCGGACAACUAUUUGGUUGUUAACCUCUCAGAGCCCAGGGAAGAGCUCAGGAGGAUGAACACCAGGGUACUGGAUGUUGGCUGGCCUGAGCAGCAUGCUCCAUCGCUUCAUCUGCUGUGUUCCAUAUGUAAAAGCAUUGAGAACUGGCUCAACACACACACUGAGCAUGUGCUGUUGCUGCACUGCAGGGGUAGUAAAGACCGAGUGGGAGUCAUUAUUUCAUCCUAUAUCAACCUUCCCAGCGUAUCCACCAGUGAAGAACAGGCUUUAGACUGCUACACCAUGAGGAGGUUCUACAAUGAUAAGAUGGCUUCACUGAUGACUCCGUCCCAGAAAAGGUAUGUGCAGAUGUUUGGCAGUCUCCUGAGCCGUCAGUUAAAGAUAAACUCCUCUCCUCUCCUCUUCCACUGCAUCACUCUACACCACAUCCCAAAGCUUCACCCCACAGGGUCUCAGCUCUUUGUGAGGGUAUACCAAGGCAUGCAGACAGUGUGCACCACAGGAGUACAUAAGCUUGCCGUGGAUCAGACAGACAGAGUUUAUUUCGCACUGGAACCACCACAGCUUCUCAAAGGUGACAUUAUGAUCCUAUGCUAUAAUAAGAAUGUUGAGAGGGGGAUCAGAGAGCUUGUGUUUCGCAUACAGUUUCACACAGGCACCCUCCAUGGACACCCUUCUUUGUUCCAUAAAAAGGACCUUGAUCUUGCAAACAAAGAUCCCAGAUUCACUGAGAAUGGAGAGGUGGAGGUACUGUUUUCAGAAAGCAUGAGAAUUCCAGGCUUUCCUCAAGGCAGUGAUGGCUGGAGGAAUAGCUCUGCUGUUGUUGUUGACUAUGACACUCUGGAUCCUCUCGUUCACUGGGACUCAUACGAGCACAUUGCAGCAGAAGCUCAGCCAAGUGAGCGCGCCCCCUCUGUGAGCAGUGACUCCGGGCUGUCCAGUAACUCGCAGUGGACAGGAGGACCAGCUGCUGGAAUUCAGAGUGGCCACAGCCCUGAGGAGCGCACCCAGCUCCAGAGAGCCAUUACUGUAGACAACAUGGAGGGUGAGCUAACCCAUCUGGAGGUCAUUACCACUGAGCUCAUGAUUGCCCUGGACAGAGAGAAGAGAGCAAUAGAGGAAAGGUCACACCAUUUAGACAUUGCAUUUCAUGUGAAUGGUGAAACUACAACCACAGAGCGGGAAACUGAUAUUCUAGAUGAUGAAAAUGGCUUUUCUGCUAAUGGCAGGGCUGCUAUAAACUCUAAAGAAGCAGACCUUGACCUUCCUUCUUUAUCAUUGGCUGGAUCAGUGGAUGUUGGAGAUGGGGUCUGCCCAGCCUCGAAUGAAGUGUACAGUCAAGGAGUAACCUCUACACGUAUUCACCCACAUGCCUCAGUGUCCAGUGGGAUUCAGACACACAUGUGGGUCAGGCAACAGCAGCUAGUCUCUGCUGAUCCUUACAUAUACCCCUCCUCAGACAGAUUGGAGCAGAAAGUGGGGGUGGGGCACAAUGAAAGCAGUGGGAACAACUCAACGCAUAGCACAAGUGACCCUCUGGAGAAGGAAUCCGAGGCAGAGAAGGAUGAUGAGUUUGCCUCCCUCGCAUUGGAUAUUGACCAGUCAAUUGAGCAGCUCAACCAACUGAUCCUAGACCUGGACCCUGAGUUUGAACCAGUGCCCACACGUGCCAGAGGUCACAUAAUUCGUUCGGCCUCUCUGCACACUAAUGGAAUUGCCCAUUCACCUGGACAAGCAAAAUCCAUCAAAUCAGGCAUAGGCAGUAGGCAGAUUAGUGAUGUCACUAAUCAGUCUGCAUACAGGAGUCCUGCUGGUGAUCUGUUACAGCCAUUACCCAAGCCUGCUUUCUCUAAACUGUCCCAGUACGGGGCUCUUUAUGGUGGUGACACUGUGGACUAUGAAGAAUUCACUCCACGGACUGACAGAUCUCUAUGGGUGGACCUUAAUCAGCCUCCAUCAACACCUGCAUUUCCAGUGUCACCUCCUACGCCUUAUGUGAAGAGCAUGUAUGACUUUUCCCACGUGGGCCACAGUCCUCAGCCCAGUGCACAGCACCUGCUCUCAAGGACACAGCAAGAGUCACGGGGGUAUGUGGACAGUAUGACACACGCUCCUAUGUCAUCAGAUGGAGACCUUUUCCGCUCUGAAAUGACGUCAAGUCCUGCCUCCUGCCAAAGGUUGUUUGGGUCCAUGCGCUCUGUCAACACCCCCAGCCCACUCCCCGUCAAUGACAGCCCCACUGCAGCACAUUCCUGGUUAGAGAGUGGCUCUAACACCCCCCUGAGUCACUACACACCCCAGCCCUCUCCUCCACUCCCCCUUUCUGCCCCCAAUGCCCACAGCUCUCCCCGGGGCGGCCCUCGCGGCCUGCCCUCCUCUCUGGGUAUUGGAAGUCUAGAGCUCAGUCUGCUGGAGGCUAUGGAGGGUCUGGAAUCUCUGGGCUUGGAUGGGAUACAGCCGCCACUGUUACCUCAGAAGAGGAGAGGAGUAGAUGUAGGAGAGCUCUCCCUGAACUCCUCUCUCAGCCGGAGUGCAGUCAGCGCCUCAUUUUCCAGUAACAAUGGUUCGCCAACAGGGUCAACACCUAGCCCAGAUCCCCUGUCCAGUAAACCUGACACCACAAAAUUUGUUCAAGACACGUCGAAGUUCUGGUACAAGCCGGACAUCUCUAGAGAGCAGGCCAUUGCCGUGCUGAAGGAUAAAGAGCCUGGCUCCUUCAUCGUCAGAGACAGUCACUCAUUCAGAGGAGCGUACGGACUGGCCAUGAAGGUGGCCACGCCCCCACCCUCCAUCUUACAGCAGAGCAAGAAAGCGGGCGAUCUGACCAGUGAGCUUGUGCGCCACUUCCUGAUCGAGUGCACACAGAAAGGAGUGAGGCUGAAGGGCUGUCCUAACGAGCCCUACUUUGGCAGUCUCACCGCUCUUGUGUGCCAACAUUCCAUCACACCGCUGGCUUUACCCUGCAAACUAAUCAUCCCCGCCAGAGACCCUCUGGAAGAGCUUACUGAGACUCAAGCACAGACCUCCACGAACUCAGCAACUGAGCUUCUUAAACAAGGAGCAGCAUGCAAUGUGUGGUUCCUGGGCAGUGUGGAGUUGGAGUCUUUGACAGGGGUGCAGGCCAUACAGAAGGCCACCACAGUGAUUCUUGGUCAGAACCCUCCGGCCAUCUCCACGAUCGUCCACUUCAAAGUGUCUGCACAGGGCAUCACGCUUACAGACAACCAGAGAAAAUUGUUCUUCAGGAGACACUAUGCUGUCAACACAGUCAUAUUCUGCGCUCUGGACCCCCAAGACAGAAAAUGGAUGAGAGACGGUUGCUUGGCUGCAAAGAUCUUUGGAUUCGUGGCUAGGAAGAGUGGUAGCAGCACAGAGAACGUAUGUCACCUAUUCGCAGAACAUGACCCUGAGCAGCCUGCCAGUGCUAUCGUGAACUUCGUCUCCAAGGUGAUGAUUGGCUCUCAGAAGGCCAAGUAGAACUACACCUACAAUCAGCCACUCCCAGCACCGUUGUUGGCCGUUUUCACAUUCCCCUUAUUUAAUGGUCUCUCACGCAUUGCGCUCUGAAUCCAAAAGCACAUGGUAUAUUUGUUCUACACCCUUAAAAAUGAAGCUGCCAAAGGAUUUCUUGGAACGAUGAAGAAGUGGAAGAAGCAUUUUGGUUCCCUAUAGGAUCUUUCCCUUCAGUGAAUCACUGUUUAAAGGAAUACCCUUAUGUUUCUUCAACCUAAUCUCUUUCUGCUGCAUCUGUAGCAUGUGAUCACUCAGAUAAUUUAGACAGUUUUCCCAGUACUUAGUAAAAGAGCAAAAAACCUGUUGAUUGAAAGCACACGGCCCAUCAGCUUUUAUUUUAAGUGGGUUUGAGUGGGUUUUCUAUUCUUUGGCCAAAUACAGCAAAAUAAUUGUCCAUGGUAAUGCUUCAUGUUAUAGAUGUGGAAAAAGAUUAGAUUGAAAAGCCGUCCUUUGGAAGCUUCUUUAUGGAACCAAAGUUUACUUUAAAAAAAAAAGAAUCCUUUUGGCACCUUUAUGUUUAAGAGUACAGAAAUUCAGCAGUUUUCAUAUUCAAAAAUCUCAGUGGCCUGAAACAAGAUUUGAUAUGUAUGUAGGGGAAUUCUACACUCUUGAGUCUUCUAAAGACUUUUAAUGACACAGCCACUGUGGGCCUUUUAUGAGUAUAAUGAAUUUAAAGAGUUUAAAACUUUCUGUUAGCUUACACUGUUAAAAAUUAAAAGUCAAGUUGAAAUCUAAAGUCCACUUUCUCCACAGUGUUAUGCACUUUUCUUAAUUUAGUUCUCCUUACUGCCAUUUUUUACUCUAAGGUAGGUCUAGAAAAAACUGUUUAAAUUGAACAAAUAAAAAAAAAAAACAGUGAAUGUGGUGAAUUUGCUUACAUUUUUUUGUUGGAUUUUUACUCAGUUCUUACCCCCCCAGUUUAUUCAUUUAAGCAAUUCCCUCUUACAAGCUAAAACUGCCCCUAACACACAUUUGAAAAAAAAAUUGUGCAGAAUGUUGACUUAAAUUUUUUAGUUAACCUGACCUUUAGUUUUUCUAGGGUAGUGUUCAUAGUGCUACCAGCUGCUUUGUGUUCCUACACAACAAGACCAAUAGAGGGAGUCCUGUCUCUGCUUAAAAUAACUUAAAAUUACUGGCUGUGACCAUUGCAAAAAGAGGCUGGCAGCACCAUGUGCUCUAAAUGCCAGAGCUGCAGUCUGCCUGUGCCAAUUCUGCAAGUUGUGAGAGAACGCUUUCCGAAGCCACUUUCUAGUAAGCUUCAAUUUGAAAGCCUUUUGCUAAAUCCUAACAGCCUACAGUACCGUUUAGCUCUCCAGUGCCUCCUCUGUCACUUCAUGUUUCUAAGACUCUGAAACUGCACUGUGUCCUCCAAUUUACUAGAACUGGGUUCAGACAUGUAGUUGGUAAUGUUGGAGAGAUCUGACUUAAUGGCUAUUUUUGCUUAGAGAAAGACAAGCUAACCUAAUUAACAUGUGUGUAGAGCAAAUUUCUUAGGCUAUGACAGUCCAUAAAAUUCUGAAGAGCAAGUCAAAGCUCAAAUACUGACCAAAGAACUUGAGGCAGGACUGUUUAAAUAGAGGAUAAUAAGGGCUACAGUCAGCACAAACUAUAUUUAUUUUACACACUGACUCUAUCCUAUCUUUUAAAAUUCCAUUCCUACUUUUUUGUUUUCCUCAUCGUAGACCUUUGACUUAUGCUAGUAGGCCUUAUAUUAAAGAGCAAAUUAAAUAUGUUUAAUGCACAUUUAGCAGUUUCUUUGAGCAAAGAGAAAUCUGUCAUGCAUAUUGUAAAAUAAACAUGUAACAUUUUAAGUGUUGAAAAACAUUCUUGUCUUUUGCAUGAAGUAAAUUACAUAUUUUACCAUUAACUGCAUCUAAACUGCUAUAUAGUUUUAUUUUUUUAUGUUGUGGUCAGCAGUAAGUGGUGGCAUUUACAAUAUACUGUAUUUGUGUGUCUGUUGUGUUAAAGCUUCUAUCUUGUGUACUGCUUUUAUAUUCAUUGAUUCAUGUAUAAUCUGGCAGUAGAGAAAAGUCUGGUUUGAUUAUUCAGCUGUGUAAACCUGUAAAUUAUAUAUCAGUGUUGAUGAGAAAAAAACCUGGAAAUUAUUUUAAAGCCUAAUCUCUCCCAUGUUAAUGCAGUGUACAGUAAUGAUGCUAGUACAUUGUAGGAAGUUUAAACAGUUCAUACCAUAUAUAUUUAUUCUGUAAAUAGACUUUAAAAGUUACAGUAGAUCCUAAACUUAGCGUGUUUAACACAUCAGAUAUGGAAUUGACUAACUUUUUUUUCUUCAUGUACAAAGGAAUGACAAAUACAUGGUAUUGUCUCUUUGUGUUGUUAUGUGGAGGUAAAAAUGUCUCUGUAUCUCUUUCUGUAUAUGACUAAUCUCUCAUAUAACUCAAUUAUUUUGUAAAUUAUGGUUGUAUAUACAAGACUACAUUCGACAGGCUCACAAUAAAAUAAAAGCAAAUUGUCAUA